AUGUCUCAAGUUUUCGCCAAGGGAUUAACAAAGAACUUGUCAAAAUUUAAUAGCAUUUUUGCAAAUAAAUCAUUUGUCAGAUCGCUGUGUAAUGUCACAAUAGGAAAAGAUGGAUUAAUUAAACCAAUUGAUAAAAGAACAUUACAAACAGCCGAUAGAAGACAAACAACAUUCUCAGAUCGUUCACAAUUGCGUUAUGCAAAGCGAUUAGUCAUUAAGCUUGGCAGUGCCGUAAUCACGCGUGAAGACCAAAAUGGCUUAGCAUUAGGACGAUUGGCAUCGAUUGUUGAGCAAGUUGCCGAGUGUCAAAUAGAAGGACGUGAAUGCAUAAUGGUAACGAGUGGUGCUGUGGCAUUUGGAAAGCAAAAACUUGCUCAAGAGCUUUUAAUGACACUCACAAUGAGAGAGACAUUACAUCCGAAAGAAGAUGCGACUCACAUUCUUGAGCCUCGAGCAGCAGCAGCUGUCGGUCAAUCUGGUUUAAUGUCACUUUAUGAUGCUAUGUUUGCACAAUAUGGUGUUAGAAUUGCACAAGUCUUACUGACUAAACCUGACUUUUACAACGAAGAGACGAGGAAGAAUCUCUUUGCAACUUUAACAGAAUUAAUUAGUCUUAAUAUUGUUCCUAUUAUAAACACAAAUGAUGCCGUUACACCACCGAUGUUUGUGGUUGAGGAAGAGAAUCCCGUGAAAGGAUCGAAGAGGAGCAAUUUAUACGAGAUUGAUCAUAAUGAUAAAGGCAUAUCGAUUAAAGACAACGACUCAUUAGCCGCAAUGUUAUCUGCUGAAAUUCAAUCAGACUUAUUAAUUCUGAUGUCAGAUGUUGAUGGAAUUUAUAAUAAGCCACCGUGGGAGGAUAACGCGAGAUUACUGCAUACCUUUUCACGCGACGACCGCAAGAACAUACGCUUUGGUAAGAAAUCAAAGGUCGGCACAGGCGGAAUGGAUUCAAAGUUGAAUGCCGCAACGUGGGCACUCGAUAGAGGCGUUAGCGUUGUGAUAUGCAAUGGAAGUCAAGACAAUGCCAUCAAACAAAUUGUUGAGGGAAGAAAAAUUGGAACAUUUUUCACAGAAACAACGACUGGAAGUUUGCCAGCCGACACACUUGCUGAGAAUGCACGCAAUGGAUGCAGAACAUUGCAAAAUUUGUCGCCUGCAGAGCGUGCUGAUUGUGUGAAUACUCUUGCCGAUUUACUCGUAUCAAAAAAGGACUUUAUACUUGAUGCAAAUCAAAAGGAUUUAGCAGAAGCACAGAGAAAUGGAUUGGCAAGGCCUUUACUCAAUCGUCUCUCAUUGUCGGCUGAGAAAUUGCGGGGCCUUAGUACAGGACUCAAACAAAUUGCUGAAACGAGUCACAAUAUUGUUGGACGUGUCUUACGUCACACAAAAUUGGCAGAUGGAUUGACUUUGAAGCAAGUCACCGUUCCAAUUGGCGUAUUACUCGUAAUUUUUGAAUCACGUCCUGAUUCAUUACCACAAGUUGCUGCUCUUUCGAUUGCCAGUGCAAACGGAUGCUUAUUGAAGGGUGGAAAGGAGGCAUCAUUUAGUAAUAAAGCAUUAAUGGAGCUUGUAAAAGAGGCACUCUCCACUGUCGGUGCUACAAAUGCCAUUUCUCUCAUAUCGACACGUGAGGAAAUUUCAGAUCUUCUUUGUAUGGAGAAGCACAUUGAUUUAAUUAUUCCACGUGGCUCAUCUGAAUUAGUUCGUACAAUUCAGGAUCAAUCGCAGAGGAUUCCAGUCUUGGGACAUGCUGAAGGCAUUUGUCAUGUCUACGUUGAUCGUGAUGCUGAUUUGGCGAAAGCAUUGAAGAUUGUUCGUGAUGCCAAAUGUGAUUAUCCAGCUGCAUGCAACGCAAUGGAAACUCUCCUAAUUCAUGAAGAUUUAUUCCAUAAUUCAAAUGCCGCAUUCUUCAACGAUGUCUGCAACAUGCUCAAACACGAAGGCGUCACAAUAUAUUCCGGACCAAAGUUAAAUCAAAUCUUAACAUUUGGUCCACCACAAGCUAAACAUUUAAAGCACGAGUAUGGAGAUCUUGCAUGCUGUAUUGAACUCGUUAAAGACGUAGACGAUGCUGUACGUCACAUUCAUAAAUACGGAAGUUCACAUACAGACGUCAUCAUCACAGAAAAUCAAACGGCAGCUGAACAUUUCCAAAAACAAGUCGAUUCCGCAUGUGUGUUCCAUAAUGCAUCAUCACGUUUCGCAGACGGCUAUAGAUUUGGCCUCGGUGCAGAAGUUGGCAUAUCAACAGCAAGAAUACAUGCACGUGGUCCAGUCGGAGUUGAAGGCUUAUUAAGUACAAAAUGGAUUUUAGAUGGAGUUGAUCAUUCAGCAGCUGAAUUCUCAGAGGGUGGGCCGAGACAAUAUGUACAUGAGAAAUUACCAUUGCCUAAUUAA